AUGUGGUGGCUGCUUACAACAGUGUGCUUGAUCCAGAUGGUUGGAAAUGCAUUUUGUUUGCUUGGAAAAAAACCUGUGAAUCCUGAAGCCAAUACGAAUACUAGUCAGAUGAUUUCCUACUGGGGUUACCCACAUGAAAUGCAUGAAGUUAUAACCGCAGAUGGUUACACCCUUCCACUCUACCGAAUUCCUCAUGGAAAGAAUGACGCUAAUCAUUUAGUCCAAAAGCCAAUUUUGUAUUUAUAGCAUGAUGUGCUAUUAAGUUCCAAUAUCUGGAUUUUGAAUCCUCCCAACAGCAGCCUGGGCUUUGUUCUGGCAGGUGUUAGUUAUGAUGUUUGGUUGGGAAACAGCAGAGGAAAUAGGUUCUCCAGGAAACACUUGUACCUGGAAACAGAUUCCAAAGAAUUCUGGGCUUUCAGUUUUGAUGAAAUGGUGAAAUAUGAUCUGCCAGCCACCAUUGAUUUCAUUGUGAAGAAAACAGGACAAAAGCAAAUUUAUUAUGUGGGCUAUUCCCAGGGCGCCCUUAUUGCUUUUGCUGCAUUUGCAAUAAACCCACAACUGGCUGAAAAAAUUAAAAUCAAUUUUUCACUGGGUCCAGUUGCCACUGUUAAAUACACAACAAGUAUUUUGCGCCUUAUUGCUUACAUCCACCCAACACUGUUCAAGAUCCUGUUUGGUGAAAAAGAAUUUUUACUCAAUACAUUUAUGAAUAAAGUCAUCGGUCAGAAUGUGUGCAACCGUGAGGUACUUGAUGCAGUUUGUAACAAUUUACUCACAUUGGUAGGUGGUUAUCAUCCCCAAAACUUAAAUGAGAGUCGUCUUGAUGUGUAUUUAACAGAGAUUCCAGCAGGAACGUCAGUUCAAAAUAUGUUACACUAUGCUCAACUUAUUAAUAAAGGUACAUUUCAAGCUUAUGACUGGGGAAGUCCAUCUCUAAAUAUUCUACACCAUAAUCAGCCCACUCCUCCAUUAUACCAUGUGGAAGAUAUGAAGGUUCCAACAGCAGUGUGGAGUGGUGGACAGGACAUUCUGGCGGACCCAAUAGAUGUUAAGAACUUGGAAUCAAGAGUAUACAAUUUCAUUUACCAUAAGAUAAUUCCUUCUUACAAUCAUCUUGAUUUUGGAUUAGGAUUAGAUGCUUAUGAUCAGAUUUACACUGAAAUCAUCACAAUGAUGAAUGAAGCUUUAUGAGGUUAAAAUUCUUUGGCUUUACACAUAUCUUCCCACGUCUUCUGAGGGCCCCUGGCUUUUCUAUAUGCAAAGAUUUUCUUGCUGGUCUUUUUUUGUUUAAAUGGUCUUUGGUUUUUAAGUCAGAAUUGUUUUGCCAAAUCAUUUGCGCCUGUCCUAAGAAGAAUGAACACUUAUAAAAUAUUUCAUUCAUCCUGUGAAUGUCAUUCAUAUGGUAAUUUUUAUAUUUUUGACAAGAAUAGAGCUCUUUGAGGAAUAAGCAUACUUCUUAUUGGCAAUAAAACAACCUUGAAAUAUUUAUGCAGGGAGAAACUGAGUUGUAUGGUACGCAUUUGGGGGAUACGAUGUCUCGAGAAAGGACUAUAAA